AUGGACGGCCCCAUUGCAUCGGCUGUAGUCCUUCCGGAUGAUCUAUUACAGCCAGCCUCGCCCCCGGUGAACGGCCACAAGAGACGCCAGGAAUCACUAUCAGAAGACGCUGCAAAGCGACCGCGACUCGACGAGGACACUGCAACCAGCGAUAGACGUGACUCUAUUACCAAAGACUCCAAGGACACCAAGCCUGCCCCAGUGCGACGCGAGAGGGGACGAGAGCGCAGACUGUUUGGCGCCGCUUUGGGUGCACUCUCACAGAAUACUGCUACUACAGCACAGAAACGUCGCGCCGAGAUCGAGAAGAGACAAUCAGCUCAGCGCAAACAAGACGACCAAGAAAGCGAACAGAGGAAGGCGGAGCGUGCAGCCAGGCGCAAAGAGCAACGAUGGCAGGAGCAGAAGCUUUUUGAAAGGCAAUCGCUGCGGACACGUCAUGAAAAUCUACUCGCCGAGGCACACUUCCUCCAGACUAAGGCUGAGCCGCAUCUUUACUACAAACCCUGGGAGACUAGUCCCGACGAAGAAGACCGUAUACGCGAUCAAAUAGCCGAAGCCGAAGAGACUAUCAAACGCGAGGUAGAAGAGUACGAGGCUCGCCAGCAGGCGAACAAUCUGCGGAGACGGCAUGCUUCCGAGGAAAUAACUGGUGAUGCAGAGGGUUCAGAAACUGGUAAGAACCAUCAUGCAGAUGCACCUCAAGAAACAACCACAACCAAUGGCGGGACUAAUGGUAGCGCCACUUCCCCCGAGGACCGGGACAAGGACCUGGACAUGAAGGACCAUCCCUUCGAUACCCUUGAUGCCGACAGGAAAGCCGAGCGCGCCACUGAGGACAUACAGAAUAACAAUGGUGCAACUCAUGGAACUGUCGCUGACCUAGCCAUGAAGGAAGAUGACGAUGAAAACGGAGAGGAUGUCGUCGAAGAAGCCGCCGAGGAUACUGUUAUCUAUUGA